AGAGACGACGAUGCUGCAACGACGACGAUGCGACCACAACGCUUCUGCGUGCUUCGUCGCCGGACGGGCAAAGAUGAAAGAGAAAGAGAGAGAGAGAGCGCGAUGAGAGGAAAGAAGGGAUUUUCGAGUCUGGAUCGCGCGCACAUUAAUACGAUUGCGAUCAGGAUUGUGUCUCUCCUUUAUUUCGGCCGACCGUCGAGUUGCCGCUUCGUAUCAUCUCUUCCUUUCCCCUCUUUACCCCUCCGGACGCGACUGCUUUGUGGUAUGACACAGGGGUUCUCAAUCGGUGCAGAAAGUUUCACAACGUAGUCUCUGUAGACACCCUCUACAGUUCCACCAUCUGUCGCUUCUGGGGGACGUGCCCUCUAUCGGCGACGAAGGGGAAUAUUGAUUUAUUCUUCACCCCUCCACGUACCGAACGUUCUUGUUAUACCCCUCCGUGUCCGUAUACACGGAAUGUCGGUGUCUGCACGCAUACACACGGCGAAGUUUCCUGCAGGGUUGCUCGUUUCUCCCUCCUAGUCUCACUCAAGCAAUAGCACGAUCAAUACGGCUCAUACCUUCCUCAUUUUGGAUGCUGUCACCAUCUGUAUCCGAGCGCAACUCCAAGUGAAGAAAUGGCAGUUUUUUCAUAUCAAACUGAAUAUUAUAUUGCAUGCAGAAGAAUUUUCUUUGAAAUUCAGAAUUGAAAGAAAGCAGGUAGACCGGCUUAUUCUAUCUAGGAGGAAUAAAGGAGACCUCCUGUUGUUGUAACAUUGAACCAUCUCUUGUUACGAGCCUUUAAAAUGGAGGGAAACGCAUCAAUCGGCAGGAUGGAUUACGAAGAUAUGUUUAAAGAAAUAACGCGAAAGCUUUAUGGCGAAGAUACACCCGAUCACCGAACAUCGAGUGUUCAAAAUGAAUUUGAAGCAUCCGUUUCGUAUAAAAACGAUGACAAUACUGGAAACGGAACAGAUAGUUGCGAUGACGGCAACUGGAUUUUUGAGGAAGAAAUGUUCAAAGGAACUGAUAGUCGAAUCGCUGCUUAUCACCCCGGAAAAGCCGCGUGGCGAUGUGAAGAAUGCGGCGAGAUCAUGAAUGUUAUGCCCCGAGAAUUCGCCGAUCAUUUUAUGGAAAACCAUUCCUCUCGGAUUGUGACGGACUGUAGGAACAGACACUCGAGGGUCAGCUACAAGGACCCACAGACGGAUUUGACAAGAGAGGAAAUAAUUUUGUACUUAGAGAAACUGCGAGAUAAAGCCGAACGCGAUGGACCGAAAGUCCCGUCACGAAGAACUCAGGAAACUCAAACCUUGCCAACACCUUUGUCUCCAGUUACUCCAAAUUUUCUAUUGCAAGAACUACCAUCUACCUCUGUGCCGCAACAUUUGCAACAAAACGCAACCACUGCCAGUUCUGUCAUGCAGCCACUUAACAACGCCGGCAAAAGAUACAAAUGUGAUCACUGUAAUUACGGCACGGACAGGCGUGAUCUCUUUACGAGACACGAGAGCAUUCAUAAAGACGACAAGCCCUUUCAGUGCGAGGUUUGCAAGAAACCGUUCAACCGAGCUGAUCACGUAAAGAAGCAUCACGAAAGAAUGCACAAAGAGCAGCUGUACGACCCGUCGAAGAUACGAGUGCGAGGAAAGGAUCAGGAUUCGAGCCAGACUCAACAAGCGUCAGUUAGCAACGCGAGCACUCAGCAGCAACCGCAUAUCAAUUAUCAAACUGAUUUUUCCGCGAACAAAGGAUAUCAAUUACAACCAAACGCUGUAGCAUCGAGCUCUGGCACGGGCACUAUGAGUAUGUACCAAACGCCCGCCAUGCCUGCUCCGGACAUCAUGCAGACCACCGCGAAUAAUUGCAAUAACACCGUUAGACGAGUGCCGAACAGCGGCUGUAACAGCAAAAGUCACUUUAAGGGUAGCUCCAAGAGCACGCAGGAUCGUAGGUUCACCUGCAUGUAUUGUCCUUGGAGCGGUGCUGACAAUUGGUGCCUGAAAAGGCACAUGCAAACGCACACCAAACCCUUCGAGUGCCCUUUAUGCACAUACAAGGCAGCUCGCGCUGAGCGACGCGCUACGCACGUGUUAAAGGUGCACAAUAGAAGACUGUGUUCUAAGUGUUCAUUCAUUACGGAAGAUACAGCACAAUAUCAGAUGCAUUUGUUGCAAGUCCAUCAGCAACGCGUCACGAACACAAGCACCUCCUCAACUUUGACUUCACAGUCGGCACCUCCGACUAAUGUCCGUCAUCAACAACCCCUGCAUGCAGUGGGAGGACGACCGCCACCAGGGCCACCAGUGUUUCCAGCUCCAACGCAGACCAUAGCACCUGUAAUUGCGUCAUCAGCCAUGCUCGAGUUCGCGAAUAUGUUAUCACGGAUGAUUCAGCAAAACGAGAGAGAGAUGUUGCUCAUAGGACAGAACAAUCGGGAACUAUUGGCGAAUUCUUCAAGACCCAGCAAUCUGGAGGAGAAAGAAAAUAUGGAGCAACCGAAGAAGAGUAGGAAAAGCAAGCGAAAAUCCGAUAUACCCAAACACGUCCUGUGGCAUCAAGAUGGGUCGGUGUCCAAAUAUAUACGAAUGAUACCAGCGCUAGGUUAUCGACCUAAUGAAGAAAAAACAGAAACUGUAAUAAACACAAAAUAUGGAAAUAAGAGAUCCGUGAGGAUACCGGCCGAAGAAUAAUAACGGAGUUGUAGUCUAAACAUCCUACUAAAAACACAAAUUAUUUUUGCUUACAUCUUUCAAGAAAUCAAAAACCAAAAAAAAACAAAAAAAAAAAAACAAAAAAAAAACAGAUUUCGUAACUUUUAGCAAAGUUUUUGACAUUGUUAUAAAAAAUCCGAAAUCUCAUCAAGCUACAGAUAUAUAUCUACGAUUAAACAUACUUCGACUUGAAACAAUGCAUACGGUAUUACAGACCGUACUUUUAUAACAAAAGUUAUUUGUAUAUAUAUACAUAUAUAUAUACAUACAUAUAUAUAUAUACAUGUAUGAUAUUGUAUUUACAACGUUAUUGUAUACGGAUUUCUAUGAGUAUUUUGCUCUAUGCGUUUUAACGACUUCAUCUUUUUGCCUUUACUAAAUAUUAAGAAAAAAAAAAAAAAAAGAUAAAUAAGAAGAAACGGAAAUUGAAGAGCAAAGGGGAUAAAAACAAAAAUGACGAGAAACAAGUUGGAUUCUAUUUGUAGACUUGUUUCUAACACAUUUAUGUCAAAAACAAUGGCCGCGUUCAGCGAAAAUAUAGCGCUUUGUGAUUACUGUCUACGAUUGGCCUAUUCGACUGUCGCAUAUAUGAAAGUACAUGCCAAUGAACGCAGCCGUUGAAAUCGUCUGUCGCUUUUAUCUGUCUCUUUGCUCUGUUGAUCAUGACUGUUUUUAUAAUAAAUUUCCGAUUGUUUCACGAUAAAUUUUUUUUUUAUUUUUUCAAUAUUUUUUUAUUACUGUCAAUUAUCUUUUUAUUUUUUUUAUUUUUAUCAUCUCUAUAUACCUCUCUUCUAGCCUUUAAUCAAAUAUUUAAAAGUUUUAUCUAUCAACUUUUUCCACGUCCAUACCGGAAAGAACACAAAGUGUUUGUACAAAAACGUCUCGAAAAAUACAUGUAAAUGUAAUUAAUGGAAAUGUAAUAAUUGUAAAUAUGU